UGUUAUAAAUUAUAUAUCUCCAAUAUUCGUAAUGGCAGAUUAUUUAUUAAAUUCUAUUUUCUGUUUAUCUUUUAUUUAAAGGGCGUAAAGUUUGAAUUAAAAUCUUAUUUAGUAAUAAUCCAACUAUCAUUAGUCAAAUUGGAUUUAAAAUCAAUCACGUAAUCACUCACUUCUUCCAAUUGUAGAUUGAAAAGAAUAUCAGUGGUAUUGAAAGCAUUAGAAACAUUCACAAUACAUAAAACAUAAAUAAAAUAACAAUACCCGAUAAACAUCAUACAUUAUUAACAAUUUAUACAUUAAAUAAUAUGACGAAAAACAAGAAUAAUAAAUUACAAAACAUGUGUUACUCAUCCUACUAUAUAAAAGAAGCUAUUUUUAGAGCUUCUAAGGGGUGCCACAUCAGAUGAAAUAUUCCUGACCAAUUAAAGUGACAUGUCAUACUUAUGUUUGUGUGUGUAUUCUUUACGCCGACGUCAUGUUUUCUGCCACGUCAAACACCUUCUCUUUCUUCGAGCGUAGUCUUCUUAGUGUCCUAUAUUCCACCAUCGAUCUCAGAACCCAUGUGUAACGCUAUCGUUCCUCAUUGAAGCCACUUGACAACGUCUCUCCAUUACCUACCUCUCUGUCCAGCUCUCCCACUAUGUCGACUUUAAUAACCCAUUUCUCAACUUCCAUCAAAAAUCUCUAAUUCCUGAGACUAUAAAUAGGAGAGAUGAGAACCUCUAGAAAUCUCUCUGCUUCACGAGAUUCAAUCAUAUUCCUUCUUUACUACACACAAUUUGCAACGGUGGUGUUAUCCCAUAUAUUUCUUUACGAUUUGAAAAUUUGACAGUAGUCCUCAGAUGGUGGUGCCACGUUUCAUGGGUUUAUGGAAAGCACGUAAUGUCGCAGAAGAAAAGCUGAGACGAGUCAAAAGGUGGAGUUUUCAUGUCCCCUCAAUGAUAUAAUUUAAUUUUAUUAUGUUUUUUCUCUAAUAUUUGUUCCAGUUCCUUAAGAACUUUUCAUGUCCCCUCAAUGAUAUAAUUUAAUUUUAUUAUGUUUUUUCUCUAAUAUUUGUUCCAGUUCCUUAAGAACAUUAUGUUGUGUGGGCUUAAGAAACUAAAAUUUUGAUCUGCUAUUGCCUUUUGAAAUGACAUACCCUAUUGGUCAGCGUUAGAUUUGAAAGUCUGGGCACUUCUUUUGUUUUAUUUCUAUGUUUGUUCGUGUAUUGUGUCUUUUUGAUUAUGUUCUCUUAGAUUGUUUCUACAAAACCUUUGUUUCUCUUUUAGCUUCCUGUUGAACAUAGUUGAGCAACCAUAUCUUCUUUUGUUUGCUGUUGAAAUCAUUAUAGACUCAUUGCAAGUGUUCUUAAAGUAAUGUUUUUAUUACCCCUCUCCCAGGUAUCUACAGAGCAAGUAACUCCAGAGUGAUCAGAGACAGAAGUAGGAGACAAAGAAGAGGUGACAUUAACGGAUCAGAGAGACUGACGAGAACAAUCAACAGACGACAGACUGUAAAACCCGGAAGGGUCCAAAACUCUGCCGUGUCCAAGAUGCAAGAGCAUGGACACUAAGUUCUGUUAUUACAACAACAUAAACCAGCCUCGCCAUUACUGCAAAGCCUAUCAGAGAUAGUGGACUGUCCACGGGACUAUGAGGACUGUACAUGAGGGUGCAGAAAGGUGCAUGAAGCCGCUACAACAAAAUUUUAUCCUCUUAUUACCGUCACAUGACAAUCUCCGAAGCUCUAGAGGCUGCAAGGUUUGUUCAGAAAAUACAUACCAACACUCGAGUCCUGAGUUUUGGUGUAGAGAAUGUAUUGCUUUAGCGGCUCAUCUGUGACCACUUCUAUCAAUCACUCACUACAAAUAGUUUAAAUUAACGAGACGAUUCCCGAAACUCAUGUGCAUGAUCAUCAUAUCGUCUAUCAUUGUCUAAUUUGGGUUAUUCCUCCUUCACCAUUUCCUUCAUGCACGUAAAAACAAAUAUAUAUAUAUAUUCUCUUACAUAUAACUAAAAACCAAGAAUAAAAAUAUAAAAAUAAAAUAUAAAUUUUAAUCCGUUGUGAUAAAAUCCAUUAUUUUCAUCAAAACUAAGUAACUAUGAUAAAAAAAAGCAAUUAGAUCGUAAUUAUUUUCUCUUUCAGAUAAAUGCAUACUUCAAUUUUGUAAAACGUCAUAAAGUUUUUCUCUCAUGUUAUAACUGUUAUAAGUUCUACACAAUUAGCAUAUAACCCAAACAUAUUGGAAUAUAUGUUAGCAUCUUCUAUAAAUUAGUUACUUAAGUAAUUUAAAUAAUUUAUUUUAUUAUUUUUAAGUUAAACAUCUACAGUCUUAUGAAUUAAUACAAGAAAUAGAAAAUUAUACACUAUUUUGAAUAUAUAUUUUCAUAAUUUUUGUAGAAAUUCAUUAGAGUUUUGAAAAUUUCUAAAUUAAUAAUACAUUUUCCUAUCAAAUUAUUAAAUAGUUUUAUUUGAUUUUCAAAUAUAAUAACAUAAUUAUGAUUCAAACAAACGUGUAUAUUUAUAAGGAAUAAUAGUUACUUUUUUUUUACAGUAAACAUUCACAAACUCAUGUUGACUCUGUAAACCAAAGUGGUAGUUCUGCAUCCAUAUGUACGACGAAAGACGGUUGUUUCCGAGCACUAAUGAAUAAUAGUUACUAUGAUGAGGUUUUCAUGCUGAUUACCUAAUUUAAAGUAAUUUAUUAAUAAUGAGUCUGCUAUUUUUCCAUAGUUUUUUUUUCAAACUGGUAUUUUUACAUAGUUUAAAUUAGCAAUUUAAAAAAAAAAAAUAGUGUCACUAGAUUCAUUAAACUAACGUACAAAAGAGAAAAUAAUAUAUGUUACUGUGUUCUAUAGAAUCGACUACUGUUUAAAAAUAAUUUAUUAUAUUUACUACUAAAAUCAAGAUAAAAAAUAUUUAAAUGGUCAAAUAAUUAUAUUUUCUUAUUUUUAAUGGUAAAAAUGGUUUGUAUAGAAAUAAUACUAAAACAAAUAGUAAAAAUUAUGGUAAAAAUAAAAAAAAGUUAUUUUUAUUUUUCUUGAGAAUAAAAUAAAUAUUUAAGGUUUAUUUAUAUUAUUUUGUUUGUUGCUUUCCCGCCCGAAGGGCGGGUUGGAUCCUAGUAUAGUAUAAUGACAAAUAAAUAUGUAUUAAGAUAAAAUCAUUUUAAUUUUACUGAACUAAAUAUAAAAUAAACUUAACCGUGAUAUUAUCUCUAAAAUUUGUUAAUAUUUAUUUAUUUACUAUCCCAAAUAUUUAUAUUGAUAAAUUAUAAUCUAAAGCAUUAAAAUUGUUUAUUAAAAAUGAUGAAUCGCCUUAAAAUUAUGGAUAACAUGAUAAAUCAGAAAAAUUAAUUCUGAAAAAUAGUAUUGAUUGAUUGAUAUCAGCCGAAAAUGUAAUAUGCAAAGACAAUUGGGAUGAAAAGAGGGACAGUUUCUGUGUAGCCCAGUCUGAUCAGAGCUGCUCCGUUUAGCAAAAUGGACUGCUGCUUCGAGUUUUGAUAUUUCUAUAGAACCAUGCACUGGUCAGAAGCCGACGUCGACAAUGUUUGGCUCCUAACAAAAUUAUUUUUGGCCCAAUAUUAAUUGAAUUUUGUUUUAAAAAGAAAAGCAAAUUUAUAAGUGGGAAAAUCCAAAUCAUUUUGGAGAAGACAUAUCUAUUGAAUUAGUUUAUCUCAAAGCCUGAAAAAUGUAUACUCGAAUAUUGAUCAAUUCAUUCAAUUUUUUUUUUUGUCGUCAACGAUUUAAUCAAGACUCGCUUAACUAAAUUUGGGACUUUGCGUUUAUAUGGACAAUGUAAGAUGACUGAUUUCGAACAUCUCAUGCAAACUUAUCCGUCAUUGUAUUUUAAAUCAUGGGUACAUGCAUAAUCUCAAACAUAUUGAAACUUUCCUUCAUUUGUUAUAUUUCUUUUGAUUCUAAAACUAUUUUCACCAAUCAAGAAUAAUAUGUAGUAAAAAUCACAUGAAAUUAUCUGAAAUUUUCAUCAUCCAAAUGAGAACUUUAAACUUGGGGUGUAAGAGUGAGAGGCCAGAUCUUGUAUUUCUUGUUUCUAUCAAACCAUCAAAACAUUGUAGUGUACUAUACCAAUUUUGUCAUCCAAACAUGUCUUUGUCCUUUCAAGAUUCAUCCGUAAGAUUUAGGUGGUGUGCUUUGGUUUCCUCUUCCCUAGUGAUUGAGGUUUAUGUUCCAUGUUCCACUGUUGCUAUAUGUGCUUCACUCUAUAGUGUCGUUUCUGUUUAUGCAAAGUGCAAAAUAUCUCUAAGAUAUUUGUCGAUACUGUUAAAGAUCUUAUCAAUAUCUACUAUAAUAUCGAAGCAAGUAAUGAUUAUCAAUAUCUAAAACAAGUAGUCCAUGUUGACCAAGACCAUUAUAAACAGGAAAUCAUUAAAAUAAGAACAAACAAAGGUUUAUUUGAGAAAGUUGGAUUAUACAUUUAUUUAUAUACACCAACAACUUCAUAUAUUCUAUAUGGGGUUUAGAAGACCAAAGUUUUUAAAGACGGAGUGUUGGUCAACUUUUAGAUAAGCCAAUCGUUAGGCUGAGAAGCCAAACACAAAGAGGCAACAAAGAAAAUUGUCAUUUUUUAUAAGACAUUCACGCCAUUCCAUUUUUAUUACUGACGACCCAAGACAAAGUUCUUAUCUCUCAUUUUCUCUCAAACAUGGAUUUUUUCAAAAAUUUGGCAGACUCUUUUGUAAAAGAAGUGGUCGAUCCAACGGUAUCUUUUGCAGAAGAUUCUGCAAGAACUGUCGCAGGAGAAGUGGUCGAUCCAACAGUAUCUUUUGCAGAAGAUUCUGCAAGAACUGUUGUAAGAGAAGUGGUAGAUCCAACAGUAGCUUUUGUAGAAGAUUCUGCAAAAACUGUUGUAAGAGAAGUGGUAGAUCCGACAGUGGCUUUUGUAGAAGAUUCUGCAAAAACUGUUGUAAGAGAAGUGGUAGAUCCGACAGUGGCUUUUGUAGAAGAUUCUGCAAGAACUGUUGUAAGAGAAGUGAUAGAUCCGGCCGUCGCGUUCAUUGAAACCCAGUUCCAGCGGCCACGAGACGUCAUUGAGCAAGAAAAAAUCCUAGACAAUCUCCUUGCAUCCAACGGUUCACGUUUCCCUGGCGACGACUACCAUUCCCCCGACCGGAAAAACUGGAUGUCCCUUCUCUCCUGUGAGAAACUGACUCUUAACAAGAUCGUAUGGCCAGGAACGCACGACUCAGCCACGAACGGAAUCGGUAUAGAUGUGGUAACUCGUCCCUUGGGUGAGUGCCAAACGCUCUCCAUCUACGAGCAGCUAGUUCGUGGAACACGACUCCUCGACGUCCGUGUACAAGAGGAUCGCCAUAUCUGCCACGGGAUCUUGGCGUCAUACAACGUGGACUUCGCCAUCGACGACGUCAUCAGAUUCUUGUCGGAGACUCACUCGGAGAUCAUUAUCCUAGAGAUAAGGACGGAGUACGGACACAAAGACCCUCCAGAGUUUGAAAUUUACUUGACUAACAAGCUAGGUCAGUUCUUGAUACAACAAGACGAUAAUUUGUUCAACAAGUCACUAUCCGAGAUCUUGCCGAAAAGGGUUAUUUGCAUCUGGAAACCUAGAGAGUCCCCGAGGCCGAGCCGCGGUGGUCUUCUCUGGAACUCUGACUAUCUAAAAGAUAACUGGAUCGAUACGGAUCUUCCAUGGACGAAGUUUCAAAGCAAUAUGAACCAUUUGAAAGACCAACCAUCGAUAUCUUCUAGAAGAUUCUUUUACCGGGUUGAGAAUACACUUACGCCACAAGCAGAUAACGUGGUUAUGUGGGUCAGACCCGUGACUGAUCGUAUCCGAAGGUACGCAAGGCUCUUCGUCUCUAGGUGUAUAGCCGAGGGAUGUAUAGAUAAGUUGCAGAUUUUUUCGACGGAUUUUAUCGAUGAGGAUUUAGUUAAUAAUUUUACUAAAUAUUAUCAAAAUAUAUUGAAAUUUUAAGAAAAAUAGAAAUAAUUUUAUUGUGAAUAUAAGACCAACAAUAUAACAUUUAGUUUGAAUU